AUGGCUUCCUUACUUUUCAAGGAUAAGAAAGGAGUAAAUCUCUCCUGUGCUUCGCCAGCAUCUGCUGCAGUAUGCACAAGCCUUGAGCGCCGGUCGAUGGUUCGUCCGAGCAUCGGCCGAGCUGUCGAAAUCUACAGCAGAAAUCCAAGAAGACCAAGAGCUUCAAAGCACCAAACCGUCAUAAAGAACAAGUCAGAUAGUCAUAAUAAUCAUGGCAGAAAGAGCAAUGAAAAGCAAAAAAGUGCUGAGUUAACUAGCCCUGCUGGCUCUUCUCGCUAUCUUUUAAAUGAUAACUCCUCCUUUCAUAUAGUACCAGAGAGCGAUAACUCCAAGGCUAUAGUUCUUGCAGCUGAGAACAAAAAUACUGAGUCGGAAAUCAGUUACCAGGAAGAAAUAGAAGUUCUCAAAACUUGUUCUUCUGCAAGACAAGACCAGGUUGUGGUCUUGAGGGUUUCUCUUCAUUGCAAAGGAUGUGAAGGAAAAGUAAGGAAGCAUAUAUCGAAGAUGGAAGGGGUGACUUCCUUUGAGAUAGAUAUGGCAACGAAGAAGGUAACUAUUAUUGGGAAUAUAACCCCUCUCAGAGUUCUUAGCAGCGUUUCAAAGGUGAAGAAUGCUCAGUUCUGGCCAUCUCCACCACGGGCUUCAGCAUCAUUCUAAGAAGAAAAUGAAGGGAAACAAAUCUUCUGAUGUAAAUUAUGCGUAUUUGUGUCUUGAGAAUGCCUUAAUUAAUGAAACAGCUUCUCCUAUUUUAAUAA